UAGAAUAGUUAAUCACACUUAGCCACGUGCAUAGUUAUAGAUUCUCCUCUGAAAAAUUAGUUUGAAUUUUCCGCAUAACGUCGAGUGAUUGUGUAAGAGCGUUAUUGAAGUUAGGAGAAGUUGCUAACUUUCGCAAAUUGUCAAUCACGAACAAGGUGGAGCGGCUCAACGCAACUCAAGUUAUAUUUUCAAGGAUUAUUGAAGAGAUUAUUCUUGUGUUACAUUUCACUGAUUCUAUAGCCACCAGAAUGAUACAGUGCUACAAUUUAAUUCUCUCUAGCAAAUGUGAAAAGCAGAAAUAAACCUUGCACAUGUUUUCCUACUUUGGUUGCUCAUCGUAGGUUUAAUGUAACGCACACCAAGCUAAUAACAACAGACUGAUAACAGACAGUUUCGAGCGAGAAUUUGGGAGCAAGCCUCGACAGAAGUCAAUCCGUCAGCAGCAUCCACACUUGGUUCGAACCCAUAAAACAUUCAUAAAGACUUCAGUAAUGAUGAGCUUGGAUGGCUUCAGCUGAGAAAUAGUCAAUCUAUCUUUAAUAAAAUAAUUAAAAAUUUUAAUGUAAAAUAAUAAAUAAAUAAAAACACUCCAGAACAAUAGUGAAAUAUCAGUGUGAACGUUAUCGUUGUCGGGCGAGGGUCAAAAAUUGCGGCUUAUUGUGAUCAGAUAUACAUACUCGCUGCAUCAUGGAUGACAUCAACUGGAACAAGAUAAUAUUUAUCGAAAAUGAACAGAAACUUAUUUACUUCGACCAGAAGACCUACAAAUUACCAAUGGCGAUCCUCAAUCUUUACUCCGAUCGAGUGCGGCACCUGGAUUUAAGCUUCAACAAGCUAUCGUCUUUCGAGUCGCUGGAACUCUUCACCCAACUCGAGGAACUGGUGCUGGACAACAACUCCCUUACGGAUGACAUUAUUUUUCCUGCCCAAUUGAAUCGCGUGAAGCUACUCUCGCUGAACAAUAACAAGUUUGUAAAUCUGGAUUUGCUGUUAACAAAAUUAUCGCUGUGUUUUCCGAAUCUGGAAUACUUGAGUCUGUUGGGAAAUCCAGCGUGUCCCUGUCAUUUACUGAAUCCCAAAAACACGGAAUACGAUUAUCUCAAAUACAGGUUGUACAUAAUCCGCUAUCUGCCACGAAUAAUAAUUUUGGAUGCGCAGCGUGUGAAGAAAAUGGAAAGGGACUUUGUUCGUAACCAGCAGCGCCAACAGCAGGAUGACGAUUCAGGCAGCACCAGCAGUGAUGGUUUGGAUAAUAGCAGCUCCAGUGGCAACUCCUCUCCGCUUCGUUUCUUCUACACUAACCUGAGUAAUCGCUUCGGCGUUAGGCGAAAAGAAUCUCCGGUAUACAACCCGUUGCCGGAAAGCAUCCGUGAAGCCGGAGACCAUCGAGGGGCUUACGGAAAGUGCCGUUACCGAUACAUAGGAGCACAGUCAGAGGGAAAUCGGUUCAUACUCAACACGGAUUUAUAAAUGUUUUAGAAUUUAGAAUUGUUUUCAUCAUUACACGGUAGGAACGAAUAAAUACGAAAAUCAUUACUGGGAAUAGUACCCAUCAUUUGAUGGAU